AUGAGGAAGGAGCUCAAGUAUAUAAUAUGGGGCCAUGUUGCUCUAAUUGUGUUUUUGAUCUACUAUACCUUUGAUCUUAUUACGUUAUUGAACGACGAUACUUUCCAGGAUGCGUUAUUGGAUGUUGAAUUGAAUCCCAACGACGGGACUUUGGAGAAGUCCAAGAUUAUCCCCAAGAUCAUUCACCAGACGUAUAAGCUGAAGCAGAUUCCUGAGAUUUGGAAGCCGGGCCAACAAGCGUGUAUUGACUUGCAUCCAGAUUAUCAGUAUAUUUUAUGGACCGACGAUAUGGCCAGAGAGUUUAUCAGUGAAGAGUAUCCGUGGUUUUUGCCUACGUGGGAUCUGUAUCCGUAUCCGAUUCAACGGGCUGAUGCCAUUCGGUACUUUGCCUUGGCCCAUUACGGGGGGAUCUACAUUGAUUUGGACGAUGGUUGUGAAAGAAGAUUGGAUCCCUUGUUGACGGUGCCGGCGUUUGUUCGUAAGACCAUCCCCACUGGUAUUUCCAACGAUGUGAUGGGGUCAGUACCCAGACAUCCGUUUUUCUUGAAAGUCAUGGAUUCUUUGAAGAAGUACAAAAAAAAUUGGCUAGUUCCUUAUAUUACCAUUAUGUAUUCUACCGGUCCGCUUUUCCUUUCAGUUAUAUGGAAACAGUAUAAACGUUAUGGGGUCCCUGAAGCAGGUAAGGUUAGAAUCUUACUACCAGAAGAUUAUAAGACCCAUUCGUAUAGUUUUUUCGCCAUUGCCCCCGGUUCUUCGUGGCACUUGGACGAUGCUAAAUUCAUAAAAUCUUUGGCAAAUCAUAUUGGUCUUGCAGUGUUUGUUGGGUUUUUAAUUGCCGGCUUGGUUUUUUACUUGGAGUAUGUCUUUUAUCAAUUUUGUAUUGGGAAAAAAUUCAAUUUUAAUUUCAAUUUUGUUAAUCAAAUUAAAUUAAAAUUAAAUCGUAAUAUAAAGAGAAGAUCAAGAAAAGAUUCAAAUUUACCUCCAAAUAAUGUCGAACUAGGUCUUUUGGAUAAUCCAGUCGAAAAAAAUACCGGCUCUAAAAUUGAUAAUAUAGUUUAA